AUGGUCAAGUUUGUACCCCGUCAGAGGAAGCACAAGGUGCUUGCUAGACAGCAGGCCAAAAAUAAUGCCCAGCACGAAGUACACGACACCAACCUGGAGCUUCUCCCAGCAGCACAGGCUGUGCGGCAGGAAAAAAAGGCCCAAAUAAAGGCGGAAUUGCGACAGGAUGGAGUCAAAGUCAGCGGCAAAAAGGCGAAGCGGCUCGAGAAAUACAUUGACAACAAACUGCGAAAAGACGAAAACAGAGAGCUCCUUGCCAAACUCGCCGCACGCCGCAUCGACACGUCGCUGUUUUCUAGCAGUCGCUCGCUGGGGCAAGGAAAAGAAACAAAGAAGCAAGCGCUGUCGCGAGUCUUGAGGGAGUCAAGGGCUGGGCUAGCUGGGGACGACGAGAUUCUUUUCGAGAAGAGAAAGCAGCCAACAGUGGGAGCUGAAGACGGAAGCGACUCGGACGAGAUCAAUACGGCACAAUCCCCCCAAGCCAUAGUUGAUCCCUUCACCACAUCGUCAACUUUGCCUUCGGAAACACCAAAGCCAUCACUGGCGGCGAACCCUCUCACAAAUGCCACAAAGAGCGUUGGAUCCGGCUUGAAGCGACCGUUGGAACAAGACGAUGCAGGCAGGCCAGUCAUCAAGAAGAAGCAGAAACGGGGAGGCAUCAAGACAAAAACACCUGUCGAAGCUAUCAAGAUUAUGCAGCUGAACGAGCCCGAAUAUGACGAGUGGAGUGGCUUUGACAGCGAUCAUGAGACGCCGAAAAAGAAUGUCACCCAACCAGAUGAGGACAGUAAGCCUGAAGCUCAUGAGGGAAGCAAGGAGAGCCAAGCUGAUGAUGGCUCAGCAUCUGGCGAAGAGAGCAGUGACAAUAGUGACGGGGAUGAAGAGUAUGGUGGAAGCGAAACGGAUGAUGACGCUGGACAGCCUGCGCAACGGUCCUCUGCGUUCAAAGCUUGGGCGCUUCUGCAGCGAAACGAGGCUCUGGGCUACAAACCAAUCGACGCCAGUGAAGGCCCGUUAGUGGUAUCGAAACCUAGAAAUUUCGUUCCCAGAGCACCAGAACAGGAUCCUCUUCCCCUGGAGCUCCAGCCUACCGAGAAUGAUUCAAGAAAGGCUUACAGCGUAACUGUAACAAGGUCACCAGAAAUACAAGAAGCGCGCAUGAAACUGCCAGUGGUUUCAGAGGAACAGCGAUUAAUGGAGGCCAUUCACAAUAAUGAUAUUGUCGUUAUCUGCGGCGCCACUGGUUCGGGCAAAACUACGCAAAUCCCCCAAUUUCUCUAUGAAGCGGGCUAUGGCUCUCCCGACUCGCCAACCCCAGGAAUGGUUGCUGUCACACAACCGAGACGAGUUGCUGCGGUAUCCAUGUCUCGAAGAGUAGCGGACGAGCUCGGCGACCAUUCUGGGUCAGUGGCAUAUCAGAUUCGUUUCGAGGGCACAGUGACCGACAAGACUGCGAUCAAGUUUUUGACAGAUGGCGUUUUGCUCAGAGAAAUUGCUCAAGACAUCACGUUGCGAAAAUACUCGGCCAUUAUCAUUGACGAGGCCCAUGAAAGAAGCGUCAAUACUGACAUCUUAAUUGGUAUGCUAAGUCGUGUAAUUAAGCUUCGCACUGAACUCUCAGAGGAGGAUUCCGCAAUCAAACCCCUGAAGCUCAUCAUCAUGUCUGCUACUCUCAGAAUAGAGGACUUAACAAUGAACUCGUCGCUGUUUCCUACGCCGCCGCCUGUGCUCGAGGUUGAAGGGCGACAACACCCAGUUACCAUCCACUUUGCACGGAAGACCCAUCAUGAUUAUGUCGAAGAGGCAUUCAGAAAAAUUACUCGGGGUCAUCGAAAGCUCCCUCCGGGCGGGUUUCUGGUGUUUCUUACGGGACGCAAUGAAAUACUACAACUGGGCAAGAGGCUGAAAACGGCUUUUGGAGGCAUGGCUUCAGGAGAGGGCCCUAAAGUGAAGAUAUCGGCAAGCGAGGCCCCGAUGGAGGUUGAAGACGUUGAAUUUGGUGAUAUUGAUGAUUAUGGGGAUGAAAGCGGAGGCUUGCCAUCGGACGAUGAGGAAGACGGAGAGGAGUUCCAAAUUGAAGAGGACCAAGAAGCGGCACCACUCAAAAUCCAGAUUCUGCCGCUGUACUCAUUGUUACCAACGCGAGACCAGCUCCGGGUGUUUGAGCCCGCGCCGGAGGGCACACGUCAGAUUAUCCUAGCCACCAACGUUGCGGAAACCAGUUUGACCAUCCCUGGAACGAGGUUUGUCUUCGACUGUGGCCGGUCCAAGGAGCGACAAUAUGAUCGCCAAAGCGGUGUCCAGAGCUACGAAAUAGGCUGGAUCAGUAAAGCCAGUGCAAAUCAACGGUCUGGCCGUGCUGGUCGAACUGGACCUGGCCAUUGCUACCGGCUAUACUCCUCGGCGGUAUACGAGCGAGACUUUCGGCAGUUUGCAGACCCCGAGCUUCUUCGUAUGCCAGUUGAGGGAAUUGUACUACAGCUCAAGUCCAUGAAUCUUCAAAAUGUCGUCAACUUUCCCUUCCCAACGCCGCCGGAAAGACAAAGUCUUGCCGAGGCCGAGAAACUCCUCACAUACCUGUCCGCUCUAUCACCGUCUGGCGAAAUCACACAAAUCGGCAAGACAAUAUCUCUCUUUCCACUUGCACCCCGAUUUGCAAGGAUUCUACUAGUCGGCCAUGCACACGACUGCCUUCCCUACACGAUUGCGUUGGUUGCUGGCCUCUCCGCUGCUGAAGUCUUCCUCCCGGAGGCUCAGGCAAUCCCUGCACUGACGGCCAAGAAUGAAGUCGAGAUCCGCACAACAGCCGAUGUAAUUGCUGAGGACCGGCAGGCCAAUGUGCGUCGGGUGUUCGACGAGGUCCACAGAAACUUUUGCUUCCUGGACGAUGCAUCAGAUGCCAUCAAGCUUCUGCAGGUAGUCGGCGAGUUUGCGCACGAACCCACGGAAGACUGGUGUGAGAAGCAUUUUGUCCGGUUCAAGGUUCUGAAGGAAAUCCAACAGCUGAGGAAACAGAUCACAGAGCUUCUACGGAACAACAUACCUUCGUUUGCAAACCUCAAGUUUCAAGACAGGCUGGAUCCGCCGACACCAAAACAAGUCAGCGCCCUGAAGCAAAUGGCUGCAGCAGGUUUCGUUGACCAAGUUGCAAUCCGAGCCGACCUGGCCCCCGCACCUCCUGAACGAUAUCGAAAACCCAAGCGAGCAAUCGAUGUGCCGUACCUCCCUCUUGCCCCCCUCCACGCCGUCCAAGGGCCUGAACAUGACAGCCUGGUCUACAUCCACCCUACAUCGCCGCUCGCUCACCGCAGUGUCCAAGAGUGUCCCGAAUACAUUGUCUACUCUUACUUGCAACGAUCUACCCCGUCCGGCGCGGAUCCCUCCAAGAAGCCCAAGACACGUAUGCACGCCCUCACAGACGUAACGGGUGAGCAGUUAUCAGGACUGGCCAAGGGAACACCGUUGCUCAGCUACGGCAAGCCCAUCAAAGAGGUGAAGCCUCCCGGUGCGUCGGGAGAAGGGUCCAUGACCAGAGAGUGCUGGGUCAUCCCUUAUCUGAGAGCAGAAAACACAGGAGGGCAGGGCUGGCCGUUACCCGCGAAGAAGGUCAAGCAGAGAAAAGUUCCCGGGAAAGGAUGGACCGUAGAGUAG